AUGUACCAACUGGGACCAGUUUAUAUUGGAAGCUUUCAAGCAGCUCUUCUCAAGAGUGAAGUGCUACCCUCCCUUGUGUCCGAAGAAAAGGUUGUGUUUGGUGUCCAUGCCCAUGCCAUCUCACAAAUGACCAUCACAAAGAUCAGGAAAGUUUACAACAAAGUGGACAGCAAGUCUAUUGCUAAGCAGUUGGCAAUGGGCUCUCAUGAGAAUGCGACACCAAUUCGUAUCAUUCACAACUCGGCAGGGCAUCUAAGUGGACCAGCACGGAGUCUUGGUGCUAUACUCAUGGGAUAUCUAGGUGUACGAACCUUUUGCCCUCGUCCUGUGGCCAAAAUGCUUGAGAAUGUUGGUGGUACAGGCGCCCUCCUGGGCCUGAUUGCUAUGGCAACUGAUGUCGAGGGUUUAUAUGCUGCUGUCAAAGCGCUGGUUUGUGUUGUCCGAAGUAACAAGUCAGCCAUGUGGGAUAUGGAUCGCAUCCGAGGAUACCAGACUUUGGCGAUGUUAUUCAAGAAAAAAAGACAUUUACUAAACAGCCACAUUCUUCACUUGACCUUCUCCCUGGUUGGCACAGUGGAUAGUGGGCGGGAGAGCUGUGUCAUCCCAAAUAGGUCAGCUUUUGAGGACCUUCUCUGCGAUCUGGAGGUGUGGCAUGAGGCCCCUGGUGAUCUGCAGCGAUCUCUCUAUGAACAUUUUUAUGAACUUCUCACGGAGUCAAGUGACCAGAAGAGCAAUGUGCAUUUAAUGCGUGAAGUUGGCCUGGUGUCUCGUCUUUUGCAUAUUCUCAAAGACCACAAAUUAUCGCACCAGACAGUUCAGACAAUUGCCAGUGUUAUAUCUGUACUGCUACAAGGAGCUUCAGAUUCCAAUUCACUUUUAAGGUUGGGACAGUUCCUCGUGUCCACCAUUCCCCCGUUUUCCGCCAGUGAGAAGGCAAUCAAUCUCAAUGGCUCAAGUACAGUAACCAGUGAGCCUGAUAGCCCUGAGGAACAUCUAGAUGGCUUUCAGUCAUGUGAUACGCCAUCAUCUCAUAAUAUCAGAUUACGGAACACCUGCUUGGAAAUUCUUCUAAAAUUACUGGGACAGGGUUCCAGUGGAUACAAUUAUGUAAUUGCUGAGGAAAUUGAUAAGGGCCUCGGCUUUGAUUGGCUGCUGCUUUUUAUGCAGAACCAUCUUCACCAAACAACUGUGAUUUUGGCUCUGCGAAUUCUGAUUCUCUUGUUACGCAAUGGCGUCAUUCUGCAGCGGUUCCGUGAAGGGGGCCAUGGUGGUGGAUGGCUGGAUGAGACAGAGACGGUCCUGAAGAGUCAAAUGAGCAUUAAGCUAGGAUUGAAUGUGAGCGGAAACAAAAACCAGAAACGAGAAAUUAAUACAGACGUCUGCCAUGUUCCUGGUUUCUUGGCACUACAGUGGAUUCUGCCCUACCAUAACAAUGUAUGUGAAGUGUACUUUUUACUGAUGGCAUUACUUCUGGGGCAACGCAUCAAUGAAUUACCUGCUGACAUACAGCUGAAUUUAGAUGUGAUUUGGACAGUAAUCUUUGGUGUUCCUGCCAGCAGACCAGUAUUUAUGGCAAAUAAAGAAAGCAAAAUUGAAAUCUGUUUAGAAGCGUCGAUGGUGAUUUUAUCAAUGGUCAGAUCAAUGCUGAAUGAAACUGAGGAAACGGGCUCCUGGGUCAAUGACUAUCCUGUCACACUAAUGCAGUUCCUGCUAUUUUUAUACAAUAACAACUCUGACUUUGCCUCGGUGUGUAGUUCAGCUGAUUUCAUCUCUGCGCUUGCGGCUACACUCUUCCCACAUAAACUACCUGACAGUGACAGUGAUGUCACUACACCAGUGGAAGAAUUCAAGCCAUUCCCAGAGUCGGACACAAGCAUUGUUUAUGUAAAAACUCCAGAAAAACAUUACAACAGUUUUUUAACGGGUCAUUCUGCUCGGAAAUUUGUGAUCGAUUUCUUAAGAACAAUUGUUGUGGACAGUUUCUCUCAGCUCAACACCAACAAAUCCGGUGCCGUAGUGGACUUAGUUUUAGAGGCAAUGCCCGAUCAUGCUCUGAGGGCCCAGCAACGGGAAUAUCAAACAGAGAUUAUCAAAACUCUCAUGGACCACCUGUUGGCUGCAGACGUACUCCUGGGAGAGCAGGCUGCCUUACCCAUAGCAAUGGGAGGAAGUUACGCCAACAUGGCCAACAACGUGUUCUACUUUGCCAGUAGAGUUGUUGACAAAUUAUGGCAGGCUGAUUCAAAUACUUUUGCUUCUUUUAACUUUUUUUCCUUUCUUUCUUUUCUUUUUUUUCCAUUUUCUUUUCUUUUCUUUCUUUUCCUUUUUCUUUUUCUUAUUUGUUUUUUCUUUUUCAUUCUUUUUUUCUUUUUCGUUCUUUUUUCUUUUUCGUUCUUUUUUCUUUUUCGUUCUUUUUUCUUUUUCGUUCUUUUUUCUUUUUCGUUCUUUUUCCUUUCUUUUGUCUUUUUCUUCUUUCUUUUUUCUUUUCUCCUUUAA